ACAAGCAGCCGACCAUCAGGGCCAGAAUCUCUGCAUCUGACAGCACGUCCUGGAAAGUGGCGGUCUGCAUACAAGUCAUUGACUGUGGCCACAGAAAUUUAAACCCGCCUCUGGUCACAAGCAAAGAGGAUGAAGUCGGGUCUAGUCCAGAUCAGUCUAACUCAGCUCUAAGACUCAUUUUGGAGAAGACAUCUAAGACAGGAGGAUUCAAAAUAAAAAACUUUAAGAAGUACAUCUUUCUGGGAGCUGCCACAUGAAGCCAAAGUCAUCUUCUGGCGUCAAUGGAGUUCCUGCCUGGGGGUACGGAGGGACAAUACCUGAACACAUCAGCACUCAAACGUGCCACACCAGCGCUGUCAGAAGAAAAAGCAACGUUCGCCUCAAUGACCAACUCAUCCCAAAACCAACUGAUAUAAAUUUAUUCGAGAGAACGAUAAAGACUGCUACGCUGAAAGAGCAUCCUUAUUCGUCACACAUUUCUCGAUUUGCCAUGUUCCCCUCGUUCCUCUCCCCGGAUGACCCGGAGAGGGGAGUCAGAGCGGCUUCACAGAGAUUCAUAAACCCUCUCGUUCCAAACAAGCCUCCUGACGUCUCUUUGCUCAGCAAAACUAUAGGAGGUCCAUACCGACAUGAGAUCUUGGAAAACCCUGUUAAAUCUAGGAAAAUGGCCGUUUCAUGGACAGGAGAAAAUGGAUUUUUGGAUCAUUCGAAACCGGUAAAAGGGGAGACACAGAUUUUCUACCCAGCUCCUCCGAAGACAAUACUGCCCAACCCAAAACUCCGACAAUGGGAUCUGUCGUUAUCAGAGCGCACAAGCAACAUUCUGAGAAACCUGGAGAGGGAACUCUGGAUCACGUCUUACCAGAUGGACUUCACUGGAUCAGGGCCUGCAAACCCUUUAAAGACCGAUGAUUUCAAGGAGAAAAUAAGCACUCUCACUGGGAUUAAUUCACACUCCGCACCUCUGAGAGAAUCGUCCUGUCCUGUGUUUGUUCCAUCAAAACCCAGAGCAGGACGUAGACGAAGACUGCAGACAAAACGGAGUGACAGCCCCAAUUUUGCUGGUCUCCAAAUGUCAAAUGUAAAUCAAAGCACUGCUCCAUCUUACAUAUACCAAAAACAGCCCCAAGAGCUUAUGGCUACUUAUAACAAAGCAACAGAUACGAGCCAAAUGGGUCACAGUCAAUCAGAGUCCGAAACGGGCUUUACAGACCUGCAGCAUACUGAUCCAUCCCUGGAGAUCUUACAGGAAAGGGCUGUUGAUCAUGGCAGAGAAAGGGAAAACCGCAAAAUUCGAUUCGACGAAAGUCUAAUGCAAGAAUCUGAAUCAAAGAGCAGUGAAGGCACCACCGUUCACCUCUCAAACACACAAUGUAACCUGAGCGGCGAGUCUUCUUUCCAACGAGAGGCAAAAGUAAAGAUGGAGACAAACUCAACGGAGCUGCAAAAAGAAGAUCCACAAAUCAAAAAGCAGCCUCUCAGAGUCGGAUAUCCACUUGGGUCCGAAUUACACGAUGCAUUAUCAAAUAAAGAGGACAAAAAGACAAAAGGCAGCGGGCUGCGAAGCUCUCGUCCUAAUGUCUCUAUCCUGCCGAGGCGUUCUGUCUUUUCGGGUACAGAGGCUGCAGGUAGGACAGGCACAACCCUCACCCUUCUAGACCUCCAAAACUCAUUCAGCAAGUCAGAGGCACAUCGAAGAUUCAACAAUUCCAUCACACAUGCUGCUGUGGACCUGAGGGACAAUGUAGUCACUGGGAAAAGACACAACUUUUAUGGGAUUAACUGCAACCAUAUUCAUGGGUGAAUAUGAACAUUGACUUUCCAGCUAAUGGCAAAUAAUAUUUUCAGAUGGACUUGAACUGGCAGCAGCUCACUCAGUCACAAUUUUUUUUAUUUUAUUUUAUUUUAGUUUUUUGUGAGUCAAAUGCUUGUUGCAAACUCUGUUUUUAGUAAUUAUACAUGGUUGUUCUGAAUAUGUUUAGUAAAAGACAGACUUUUCAUUACAUCUGGAAAUUAGAUGGGUGAAAAAAGCAGCUGCACUAAGUGCAAUACUAGUUGUCCUCUACAACUGCCUUUAAAUAACGUGAACAAUUUAUCACCUAGCAACAAGCUUUGCAAAACUACAGCCUUUUGUAUUUGAAAAAGGGUCUUGUCAUUGACUCAAUUAUGUUGACACAGAAAUAUUUUGAUCUAAUUUGUAUCUUCAUAAUAUAUCUUUAUGCCCUGCUGGAUGGCAAACCGCAUGUCUAAUGUCACUUUUUAAUGAUACUUUGAAAAAAAAAAACAUUUUUUUUCUUUUUUUUUUUGUAUAGUGAUCUAACAAGUCCAUCUAUUUUUCUAUCACCACUGAUAAGUUUUACAUUAAGAUGCUCCCACUGUCGUGUUUCAGUGUAGGAGUGGAGUGCAUCCACAACUUGCAUAACAAAAUCAUCCCCACAUCAUUAUGGUUCCACCUCUGUGCUUCACUCUGGGUAUUUUGCUGCUUCUUUGCAAUUUCUUUGAAAUUCAUCUCCUCAGCAUAAUUCUGUGCCCUUUUUUGUUUUAAUUUGUCUGCAGUUCUGUCAUGUUUUUUUCUGUAUUUGGGUGAUUGGAUGAACACGCCCUGAGACAUAGCUCUAGCUUUGAAACAUUGCUUUAUGGCCUCAUGCUUUUAAUUUCUUAACAGUCUGGUCUUUAUGAUGCUGUUUGGUCACUAAUAAAUCACUGAUUUACACACUUGCUUCUCCCUAAUGAAAAAUUAAAACCCGCAUUCCACAAUGCCAAAAAUAAAAACCCUGGCCUUCUUCUUACAAGUUAGCUUUUUUUUUGCAACAACUCAACUAAUGCUUCAUUUAGUGAAAUCUUAAAACAAAGCUAAGUACAUUCAUACAAUCAUUCUCUAAUUCUUAACAGUCGAUACAGAACAUCUUUACUCAUACUGAGGUUAAAUGACACACAGCUGAACCCUAUAUGGGGUUCUAAGGAAAGAAAUAAAAAGAAAUGUUUUUCUUGUACUUCACAAAUGUGCACGUUUUUGUGCUGCUUUGUCAGAUAAAAUCGGAAGUAAAUAAAUUCACGUUCGAGAGUGUAACAUGCACUUCCUUCUAUAGGAAUCCUCAUAGAAUGUUUCUACUUUCAACACUGAAUGUUGGAAAAGCACUAAGUCCAUUAAGAUGAACAGAUGUCUUCAUGGUUCCAACAAAUAGCCAUUUAACGUGGAUGAAAAGAAAUAAAUGAACAAGAUUAAUUUUUUUUUCUAAGUCAAACCGAGUGGACCUCAGAGAGCUGUGCUGUGCUGCAUUCCUCUGUUAUGAAAUUCAGCUCUUUGAGCUACAGAUUACAGGUGCUGCAGCAACCUUCAAACUCGUUAUAAAAAGAAAGUGUGAGAAGCAAAAAAUGUGCUCCUUUGCUCUUAAUCUGUUGCAGCUAAGCAGACUCACGUAAAAGCCUUUUAUUUAUUUAUUUUUUGUCUAUAGCAGAUAGUCCUUGAGAAUCAAAGCCUGCAGCCAGGAGUGAUAGAAAAAGCUCCCUUAUUAUUUUCAUAAAGACUUCUAGAAGAAAUACAACAGAAUUCGAAGCAAAGUGAACAUGUUUUGAUGAUGACAGCAAGCAGGUCUGGUUAUGUAGCCUUUGAAGAGGAGAGACACUUAAGCCUUG